UGGUAAUUUGUAUUUAAUGAGAAGAAUUAAAUUCUAGGUAUAUGAAUAUUUGCACAUAUGUAUAUACAGUUAUUUCCCCUCACAUAAAUAGGAAGCAUUUUAUUGAAGAAUAAUGUUUGCAGAACAGCGUUUAAAUUUUCUACAUAGUUCACUUAUUCAUUAGAUUUGACCGAAUUCAACUAUAAAUUGGCUCGCUUCCAUCCGAUUGUUAUACUCAAUCAGAAGUCUUCAAUUAAAAAGCAUAGUUUCCUUCUAAACAUGCGUGCAUUUAUGGUUAUGUGUUUUGUGGCUUUGGCCACCGCCGAUAAAUUAGGCUACAACUAUCAACCAGUGGGGCACUCGGAUAGUGGUCUUUCCUUCAGUCCUGGGAGUAGUAGCAACGGAGGUUUACCUGGUUCUUCAGGAGGUCUAGGCGGUAUUGGUGGUGGUCUUGGCGGCUUGGGUAGUGGACCAUCGAGUGGAUUUGGAGGUCUUGGAGGUGUCGUAGGUCCAAGCGGCGGUUCAUCUGGAAGUUUCGGCAACUUGGGCAAUGGUCUUGGCGGAUUAGGCGGUGGAUUGGGAGGUUUUGGAGGUGGUCCAUCUAAUGGCAUUGACGGUGGUUCGAGCUCAGGUCCUUCUGGUCCCAGUGAUUACAGCGGUGGCAGCGCACCUGGUAGCAGUAGCUCAGUUGGCGCCCCAGCAGAAUCGGAAUACGAAAAGGAAUUCUAUACAUACACCGCUGAUGAAAGUGAUUUCAAUGAGCCAGAAUCCAACGACCAGGUCGCCAAUUCAUUAAAGAAGAAUUUACGUGUUAUUUUCAUCAAGGGACCCGAAAACAACGGUUUGGAAAAGGCCGCUAUCAACUUGGCUAAACAUGCUUCCGAACAGAAGACCGCUAUCUAUGUGUUGCAGAAACAAGCGGAUUUGGGUGACUUAGCUAACAAAUUGCAAGCUUCACAUGAUUUGCAGAGCCACAAACCCGAUGUUCACUUUGUGAAAUAUCGCACUCCCGAAGAUGCGGCUAACGCUCAAAAGGCCAUCCAAUCGCAAUAUGAUCAGUUGGAUGGACCUUCACAAUCGCACGAUGGUGGAGCUGCUCCAGUUCACAACUUUGCAUCUCCAGCAGCUCGCAAUGCUCCUUCUGGUGAUAGCGACGGUAUCUCUGGCCCUGCUGGUGGAAUUUCAGGUGAUGCCGGACGAGUUGGAGGUGUUCCGAGUGGACUUGGAUCGGGUGGUAGAGUUUCGGGUGGCAAGGGCCCAGCUGCACCAAGAGCUACAUACUUACCUGCCGCUAUCCUGAGAGCUUUUCGGUUUUAGAAUUUUUCUAAAUAUUUUAUU